AUUCUACUCUAUGGUCUGUGGCUUUCGGCUUUUGGCUUUUUGGUAAAACUUCUAAAAUACGGGAGUAUUUUAAUUUUUAAGAAAUUAGAUGAUCAAUAUUGGUCCUAUAGACGUUAAAUAGUGUUGCCUAAAGCUAGCAAGCUUUAACAAUAUCAUGGAGAACGAUAUUUUAGACUCGCUUAAUGAUUUGGGAUAUGAAGGGCCCCUUCAAGAUGAAGUGGCCUUUGCGAAGGCCCUAGACGGAGGGCCCAAGUCAUUAGAAUACACCAAGCUUGUACAUAUCUUAGCUGAAGAGUUGAAGAAGUUAUGCAACUUAGAAGAAACUGUUAACAUGAUGAAUAAUCAGGAUGAUUCCAGCUCUUUCCUCCUGGAGUUAAGUUCCUUUCUGAAGGAGCUGGGGUGCCCUUAUAAGAAAUUGGUGACAGGUCACAUGUCAUCUCGUCUUCAGAACAAAGAGGAUAAGAUCCUACUGCUUGAUUAUUUAGUAUCAGAGUUGAUGGCUGCUAGAAUGGUCAAUGUGGACUGCCCCAAGGAAAAGGGUUCUGGGAUGGAAAUUGUUAUGCAAGAAUCCCCCACUGCAAAGGAUCUGAAGGACAUUCUAAUAACUCUCAAAUUCAACAAACCUCCCCCAAAUAUCACUCCAGAGAUACUAUUUUCGAAAUUAGAAGCUAAACUUAAAGACACAAUACAAAAAGAAGGUGAACAGUUAGUAGGCAAGCCACUAUAUAACAAGGCUCUAUCGGAGAAGGAUUGGAAGAACCUCGAGACAGCUUUCACAGAAAUGUAUGAUGAGUACCGACUGAGAAGAGAGAUGCUUAUCACACGAUUGGAGUGUACCAUACAGAGUUUUGAAUGGUCAGACAGGCUCAAAGGUAAGAAAGAUUUAAUACAAUCAACGUACCGACCAAAAAGAGAGCCGUUGAAAGUGAAGCCUGAAGUGAAGUUCUCCGACUUCCUCGCAGCGAGGACUUCCCUGUUGCAGAUGGAGAAGACUUCUAGUGCCAGUGUAAGGAAGAAUACUCAGAGCGAAGUCAACAAAGUGAUGAUUGGCAGGGUCCCCGACCGAGGCGGGCGCCCCAACGAGCAACAGCCGCCGCCGCCGGAGAUGCCCUCCUGGCAACAGAGAUCUGCACCACAGGGUGGUCGCGGCGGUGGUCAAAAACGCGGCGGCGGCGGCUUCGGUGGUGGUCAGCAACGCGGCGGUGCUGGUGGUGGUGGCGGCAGGGGCGGCGGCAGGGUGCAGGGGGGUUACAACCAGAAUAAUGAUCAAAGGCCUCAAACAAGCCCAGCUGGUCAACAAAACUCGCGCAACUACCAAACCUACGAGGUACCACCCGGUGGUUACCAACAACAAUCAACCGGUUACCAAUCGCAGAAGAGCUUCGAAGGCAACUACAAUGGCAGCCGCAGUUACAACAACCAGCAACAGGGUUACAGUAGCAGCCAGGGUUAUAGCAAUAACCAGGGUUAUAGUAACAACCACGGUUACAACAACAACCAGGGUUACAGUAACAGUCAGGGUUAUAACAGUCAGCAAGGCGGUUACGAUAGUUCUGGUGGUUAUAAUCAAAGCAGUGGCGGAGGCUACAGGAGUCAGGGUGGGUACCAGGGAGGGCAGCAGGGGGGCUACCAGUCUCGCGGGGGGUAUCAGAACGAGCACGACGACCGAGACCGCCGCGGCCGGGGGGGUUACCGCGGACGACGUUGACACACGACGAUCAUAGUAGCCUUAUAGCGAACAAACAGGACAUCUUGUUCGGUUUGAUUAUAUUAUUUAUAUAAGGCUGCCUUUUGAACAGUUAGCAUGUAAUUAGAAUAAAUAAAUAAACAUGAUAUAGUGCGCGCAAGAUAAGUUUGCAUGUAGCCAAAAUCGGCACUAAUCAACAGUGUCGUGUAUCUCUAUCUAUCUCUUGGCGGGUAAAAGAGAUCACUACCGCUGGUAACAUAUUUGCACCGACAGUCGGGCGCAGACUUAUCUUGCACGCACUCUAAUUAAAAAGCAAAUUAACAUUUUUUUUUAUUUAUAAAGAACGCGUGUGAAUUGGCAUUGGAUGUUAUAGCGGUCAUGGGAUAUCAGGGGGGUUAAAAGUCUCGCAGGAGUUUUAGGGGGGGGGGUUACGAGUCUCGCGGGGUUAUAAGAACGUGAGAUGAUACGUACAUGAUGAGAGACCGCCGUGGCCAGGGGGGGGGGAGGUCACUGCUGCAUAUGUAGACAACCUAGAUAAAGCUGAUUGUAGCCUAGCGUUUAAUUUAUUUUUAUUCAAAAAAAUAUUGUUUAUUUCAGUAACACCAAUCGGUAAAUAAUUAAACGCUAGACUCUUCUUUUAAGACUUUAAAACUCCUGUGACAGUAUUUUUAUUUAUGUGAAAAGCUGUAUUUUGAAGUAACUGAUCGAUAUAGAGUGCAGUUAGAAUUGUUGUUAAAUAAAUAUGAUACAUUUGACUUAGGCAGGUCAUGGGGGCAGCCAGGGGGGGUUAAUAGUCUCGCAGGGAUAUGAGGGAGGGUUAUGGGAUCACUGGGCGUUGACCGUGAUGGACUGACAUUUGGUUAAUUUCUGUUAUUAUUAUUUACAAUUUUGCAUUUUGAAUACUUGGUUAGAUCCCAGUUGUUGUUUGUUUACUUUGACGACUGGAUUACCGUUUUAGUAAUAUAAAAAUUACUAAAUAUUAUAAUAACAAUUAUAUUUCCAUGUUGUAAUUGCAAUAAGUUGUAGAUAGAAUCAAACUGUCUCGUACUAAAUUAUGAAACUUUUUUAUAUUGCCCAAAAAUAGUUGAUAUUACAUGAAGUCGAAAAUCAUAAUAUAGUUGAAGGCAAACAAGUUUUCACAGCUCACAAAAAAAAAAAAAAGCUGUGAGCUUUGUGAGCUGUGAUAGCCCAGUGGAUAUGACCUCUGCCUCCGAUUCCGGAGGGUGUGGGUUCGAAUCCGGUCCGGGGCAUGCACCUCCAACUUUUCAGUUGUGUGCAUUUUAAGAAAUUAUAUAUCACGUGUCUCAAUCGGUGAAGGAAAACAUCGUGAGGAAACCUGCAUACCAGAGAAUUAGCUUAAUUCUCUACCUGUGUGAAGUCUGCCAAUCCGCAUUGGGCCAGCGUGGUGGACUACUGGCCUAACCCCUCUCAUUCUGAGAGGAGACUCGAGCUCAGCAGUGAGCCGAAUAUGGGUUGAUGACGUGAAACAAGUUUUUGUCCAUAAUAAUUGUAAACUAGUUAAUCGACUUAGACACUUGCUAGAUUAAAUUAUUUAGAUCAUAGUAAGUACUGAUAAUAAAUAAAUGAAUGAUAUCUCAAAUAUUGCAUAUUAUAAUGUUGUUUGAGCAAAAUAAAAUAAUCUUAAUUAUGAUGAGCUGCAUAGUGUAAAAAAUUGUGUUUUUUCAUAUUGUACUUUUACUAAGUAUUUAGUAUCUAAUAGAAAAAUGAAUAAAAAAUUUAAAAUAA